AUGCUUUUCAAGCUCCCUAUCGUCCUCGCCAUGGCGCUGCUCACCCUUGGCGCCUCGGCGAGCGAACGCUUCACCGUCACGUCACUGCGCCGACGCGGCCAACCCGGCGAUUACCUGCAGGACCGUGGGAUCGUCAAAAAACCUUUGGAUGGCGAACAGAUCAACGUUGGCCAGACGUUCCAGUUGCAGUUCAACGGUAUUUGGGUUGGGAAACUACUGAGCACCGUUGCCAUCGAAGUCGCGAUCGAGAUUCCGAGUUUGAAUUAUACGCGCCGAGUAAGCUUCUUUGGGGCUCGUUUGCAUCGGGGCCUGCGUGAGGUGAUCUGACCUCGAGCGCGCCUGCUCACUAUCCUCCCGCAUCACAGCUGGCCAAGAACCUUGCGUCUCCGGGCUUCGACAAGCCCAUCAUCCAAAAUUUCUUCUUCAUGCAUCCUAAGGGCAGUAGUGUCAAGAAGGGUACGAUCUUGCCCGGUACCGUAAGUCAACUCCAGAACAAACCCCCCCCCCCUCUCCCGCCUCUCUCUCUCUCUCUCUCUCUCUCUCUUGUGCUGACGAGUUCACGACUCGUUGCUUUGAAAAAGAUCAACGUUUAUGAGCUGCAAAGUGGGACGAGGAGAAACGGCGGCGGCAACUACUUCCUGAACAAGAAAGUACCAGUCAAAUUCGUCUUCUGA